AUGUCGCGACCAUCGUCCUCACGCUCUUCCCCUACUCCAUCGGAUACCGUCUUUCCUGACCCUCCGACCGCAAACAUUUCAGCAGUCGCCUUUUCGCCCACGCCGUCCACAUCGACCAGCAUCCUCGUAGCCAGCUGGGACCAUGGCGUCCACCACUACCGGCUCGACGAAGGGGGCGCUGUGAAGGUGCAGACGUUCGCGCACGAGGCGCCUGUGCUCGAUGUGUGCUUUGUGAGCGAUACGAUCGCGGCAUCUGCCGGAGUGGAUCGGCGCGUACGGCUGCACGAUCUGGAUGCAGGCAAGACGAUGGUGGUGGGCAAACACGACGAUGCGGUGCUCAAGCUGCGGUGGUGCGCAAAGACGCAGCUGCUUGUCUCCGGAUCCUCCGAUAGGACGUUGCGCUUUUGGGAUGUGCAUGGCGGUGGGGCGCUCAAGACACUCCGAAUGCCGGACAAGGUGAUUGCGAUGGACAUUUCACCCGCCUUCCCCGGCGUGCAGGCUUCGCAACUACCAACCGCAUCGCAAGGGGGAAAGUUGGCGGAGCGGGAUGAAACACCAAGACUGGUGGUUGGGAUGGCUGGACGACACGUAUACGUCUACGACCUGGUACCACUGCGUGCUGCGAUCGAUAGAGAGGCAAGGGGGGAGGCGGUGGAGGAACGCGAUUGGAAGCCGGACCAGAAACGCGAGUCGUCGCUCAAGUUCAUGGCGCGCGAUGUGCGAUGCAUGCCAUCUGGCGACGGCUAUGCGACAUCGAGCAUCGAAGGUCGAAUCGCCGUCGAGUUUUUCAAUCCCAAACCUGCGAUUCAGGCGCUCAAGUAUGCCUUCAAAUGCCAUCGUGAAACUAUGGACGAUGAAGAAGGACCGUAUGAUACGGUCUAUCCCGUCCACGCGAUUGCCUUCCAUCCCACUCACGGAACAUUUGCGAGUUUGGGUGGAGAUGGCGUGGCGAGUGUCUGGGACGCAGGCGCCAAGAAGCGCAUUCGUCAGUACCCGCGUUUGGAAUCGACCAUCACCGCGGCCGCCUUCGACGCCUCCGGCCACGUCUUGCUCAUCGCCACGGGCACCGAUGCCGUCGAACCGACCAAGGCUCCCAACAAGGUCGCGCUCAUCGCAAAGACCAACGUGCAGGAAGAGUGCAAGCCCAAAUCCAAGUCGUCGUCCAAAUCGAAAAAGUAG